CCCGCGGCCUGCGCCGGGCCGGGCCUGCAGCUGCCCAUGGCGGCGGGGCCCAUGGCGGCGGGGCCGCUGCCGGUGUACGUGUACAGCCCGGAGUACGUGGCCCUCUGCGACUCCCUCUGCAAAGUGCCCAAGCGGGCCAGUAUGGUUCAUUCGUUGAUCGAAGCGUAUUCCUUACUUGACCAGAUGAAGAUAGUCAAGCCCAAAGUGGCCUCCAUGGAGGAGCUGGCGAGCUUCCACACGGAUGCUUACCUGCAGCACCUGCAGAAGGUCAGCGAGGAGGGCGAUGAUGACCACCCCGAGUCUGUGGAGUAUGGACUGGGUUACGACUGUCCGGCCACUGAAGGAGUGUUUGAGUACGCGGCAGCCGUGGGAGGAGCCACCAUCACCGCAGCCCAGUGCCUGCUGGAGGGCAAGUGCAAGGUAGCAAUUAACUGGCCUGGAGGGUGGCAUCAUGCAAAGAAAGAUGAGGCUUCUGGCUUCUGUUACCUCAACGAUGCUGUCCUGGGGAUCCUGCGUCUGCGCCAGAGGUUUGACCGUGUCCUCUACAUUGACUUGGAUUUGCACCACGGGGAUGGAGUUGAAGAUGCUUUUAGUUUCACCUCCAAAGUCAUGACUGUUUCUCUGCACAAGUUUUCACCAGGAUUUUUCCCAGGCACCGGGGAUGUGACGGAUGUUGGCCUGGGGAAGGGUCGCUAUUACAGCGUCAAUGUGCCCAUUCAGGAUGGCAUUCAGGAUGAGAAGUAUUACCACAUCUGUGAGAACGUGCUGAAGGAGGUGUAUGCUGCCUUCAAGCCCGACGCGGUUGUGCUGCAGCUCGGGGCAGACACCAUCGCUGGAGAUCCCAUGUGCUCCUUCAACAUGACUCCUGAGGGAGUGGGCAAGUGCCUCAAGUAUGUCCUGCAGUGGCAGCUAGCAACUCUCAUCCUGGGAGGAGGAGGCUACAACCUUGCCAACACAGCUCGCUGCUGGACCUACUUGACUGGGGUAAUCCUUGGGAGAACACUGUCCUCUGAGAUUCCUGACCAUGAGUUCUUCACAGAGUAUGGUCCUGACUACGUGCUGGAGAUCACCCCGAGCUGCAGGCCAGACCGCAAUGAGCCACAGAGGAUCCAGGAAAUUCUCAACUCUAUCAAAGGGAACCUGAAGCACGUGGUUUAGUGGAGAAGGAAGGCUCAGGUUUCCCCAUUUCCCACGGGGAAGAUGCUGUGUUUACGUGAGCAGCUGCUGGAGUGUGUGGCUGCAGGACAGAGCUGGAGGAAAUUCCUGUUGGUUGGUUGAUUUUGUUCUCUUUAAAGAAGGAAAAUGCUGUGCACUGAGCCCCAUGGCUGGCCCCAGGCAGGAGCCACGGGCUGCCAGUGCUGGCACAGCCUCUCUUGCUCCGUUCUCGUUCCCUUUUGAACAUCACAGAGUUGAUUCUCGCAGCUGCUUUUACAUGUUUUCCAGGAGGGCGGCUCCUGGGAGCUGUGGCCCCUCCCCAGCUGCAGCCCAGGGCUGUGUCCUUCCCUACAGGAGCUGCCUGGGGCAGGGCCUGGGCUGUGCCUGUGCCCACACACAGACACACACACACACUGUGCUUUUCACUGGGGUUUAUACAAAAUAAAGUGUUUGAAGUAUA